AACAAACUCUAGUCAGACAAGUUGGUAUAAUUAUAAACAUGCAAACAGACCGAGCGCAGAAGUAAAAGAAACUUCAACUCAAACUUGAUUUGUUGAAGAAGCUGAGAGAAAAUUUCACAAUAAAAUAUAAUUAUUUGGGAUUUCACUACUUAAAGAUCUUUGCUGUUUCUUUUUGUGGUCUUUUAUUCUUCUGCAUCAGGACAAAGUUUUAUGGUACAACAUUGAAAGCUGAACAAGUUGAAGGAUAACCAUGUCUUUAGUUAGUUCUGCUGAGCCAUCUUCCACAUCAUGUAGAAAGUUAUAUUCGCUGAAGGGGAGCAGUGACAGCUCUGCCUUGUCUACUCCGGCAUUCAGCCCUGAUAACCAUAAGAUGAUGUACACAACAGAUUCUUAUAGCAGUGAGAGUUAUGAGAAGUACAUCCUUGACUCCCCAACAGAAGAACUCAUUCAUCCGUCAAGUUCGGCAGUGUCAGGUAAUUCCUUAAACCCACAGGGUGCCUCUUCUUACCAGCUAAGAGUUGGCUCAAGUUUCCCCAUGGCCGCUCAAAAACCUUUGAGCAGUUCUUGUAUGUCAAUGAGACAUGACGCCUAUCAAUCCAAUUUUGAAGUAGAUUACUUGGAAAGUCAAAGCCCAGUUCCAAUAGAAUAUGAUGAGGAUACGAUGAGAUUAAAGCUUGAAGAACUGGAGAGAGCACUCCUUGAUGAUAAUGAAAUGCUUGCUGCUGGUCAAAGCAUGGAAAUUGAUGGUGAAUGGUCCGAUCCCGUCCAGAAUGUGCCCUUCCGUGACUCACCGAAAGAGUCUUCAUCCACAGAUUCUAACCUUAGCAGCAUCUGCAGCAGCAAAGAAGUAUCACAAAUAACUCCUCGGACACCCAAGCAGUUGCUUAUAGAUUGUGCAGCUGCACUUUCAGAAGGAAACAUUGAGGAAGCAACAGCCAUUAUAAAGGAGCUCCGGCAGAUGGUCUCAAUUCAAGGGGAUCCUCCUCAGAGAAUCGCAGCCUACAUGGUGGAAGGUCUUGCGGCUCGCAUGGCUGCUUCUGGCAAGUUUCUCUAUAAAUCUCUAAAAUGCAAAGAGCCCCCUUCUUCUGACAGGCUUGCAGCCAUGCAGAUCCUCUUUGAGGUGUGCCCUUGUUUUAAAUUUGGAUUUAUGGCUGCAAAUGGUGCGAUAAUUGAGGCCUUUAAAGAUGAAAAGAGAGUUCAUAUAAUAGAUUUUGACAUUAAUCAAGGUAGCCAAUACAUAACACUGAUACAAACUAUUGCUUCUCGGCCUGGUAAGCGACCCCUCUUGAGAUUAACUGGGGUUGAUGACCCAGAGUCAGUUCAACGUUCUGUUGGGGGCCUUCAAAUUAUUGGACUAAGACUUGAGAAGCUAGCAGAAGCACUGGGAGUACCAUUCAAGUUUCAUGCAGUGCCCUCAAAGACUUCAUUUGUGACUCCAUCAAUGCUGGACCAUAGGCCUGGUGAAGCACUUGUAGUAAACUUCGCAUUUCAGCUUCACCACAUGCCUGAUGAGAGUGUUUCAACAGUAAAUCAGCGUGACCAGCUUCUCCGGAUGGUCAAGAGCCUGAAUCCAAAACUUGUAACUGUUGUUGAACAAGAUGUGAACACAAACACCGCCCCCUUUUUCCCAAGGUUUAUGGAAGCCUACAAUUACUACUCUGCCGUGUUUGAGUCUCUUGAUGUAACUCUCCCAAGGGAGAGUCAGGACAGGAUGAACGUUGAACGACAAUGCCUAGCACGCGAUAUAGUAAACAUCGUUGCAUGUGAGGGAGAGGAGCGAAUAGAGCGGUAUGAGGUUGCAGGGAAAUGGAGAGCAAGGAUGACAAUGGCCGGCUUCACUUCACGCCCAAUGAGUUCAAAUGUGAAGGACAUGAUUCAGAAACUGAUAAAGGAAUACUGUGACAGGUACAGGAUGAAGGAGGAAAUGGGUCUGCUUCAUUUCGGAUGGGAAGACAAAAGCUUGAUUGUUGCUUCAGCGUGGACCUAACAAGCAGAUUUUGGUUUACAAGUACUUUUGCAGCAUUUGGCUAAACGAUUUGUUGUUUGCUAGUUGUAACUAUAAUUUUGUGUGAUAAUUAACUUUUUAUGUUAUCCAGUGUAAAAUCUUAAGGAUGAUUAGAGUUUCCUAAUUAUCUUUCUU